AUGGUUGUUGUGGGAGCGACUAACGGAAGCUUUGGCGGUGGCAACAUGAGGUCUUCGUUCAUAGAGGACAGGGUCGGUGCUGAAGAUCCCGGGGGUUCCACCAACAUGAUGAUCUCGGAGGCUCUUGCGCCCCGGCUGCUGAUGAUUGCGCAGGGCGCCGCAGAGGCUGCAGCUGCAGCUGCAGCAGCGACUUCUCCGUCCACCUCCAGUCAGCCGGAGGUCAUGGAGACUAACGGGACCCGGUGCGGCGAGCAGAUUCUGAGCUACGGCCGGGUGGAGAAAGUCCUGAUCGGAGGGGUCCUCACCAUGCUCACGCUGUCCACCAUCUGCGGGAACUUACUGGUGGUCAUCUCCGUGUGCUUCGUGAAGAAGCUCCGCCAGCCGUCCAACUAUCUGAUCGUGUCUCUGGCCAUGGCGGACCUGUCAGUCGCUCUGGCGGUGAUGCCGUUCGUCAGCAUCACGGACCUGAUUGGUGGCCAGUGGAUAUUUGGACAGUUCUUUUGUAACGUUUUUAUCGCCAUGGAUGUGAUGUGCUGCACCGCGUCCAUAAUGUCUCUGUGCGUAAUCAGCAUUGACAGGUAUUUGGGAAUCACUAAACCCCUGACGUAUCCUGUCCGGCAAAACGGCUGCUGCAUGGCCAAGAUGAUCCUGUCAGUGUGGCUCCUCUCAGCCUCCAUCACUCUCCCUCCUCUGUUUGGAUGGGCGCAGAAUGUCAACGACGGCAGAGUGUGCCUCAUCAGCCAGGACUUCGGCUACACUGUCUACUCCACCGCUGUGGCGUUCUACAUUCCCAUGUCUGUGAUGUUGAUCAUGUACUACAGGAUCUACCGAGCAGCCAAACUCAGCGCUGCUAAGCACACCAUCACCGGCUUCCCUAGGGAAGGGGAGCAGGGCGCAGGGGCGGCAGCCAGAGGGGGAAGAGGAGGGCAGGAGGUUCCCCGUCCCCCAGUAUCAGAAGAAACAGGAAGCGUUGAAGGGACAGAGGCUGAGCAGGAGGAGGAAAUUGAGGAAGAGGAGGAGAGCUUGGACUGUGUGGCAGCUGCCCUGAAGCUCCAGCGUGAAGUGGAGGAGGAGUGCAGCACGCGUGUCUCUCGCCUCCUCAAGACCGGCGAGCACCACCAACGCCGGAAGAGGAAAAAUCAGUCCAUCUUCAAACGGGAGCAGAAGGCGGCAGCCACUCUAGGCAUUGUGGUCGGUGCUUUCACGUUCUGCUGGCUGCCAUUCUUCCUUGUUUCCACGGCCAGGCCGUUUGUCUGUGGCGUGGAGUGCAGCUGCGUUCCUCUCUGGCUUGAAAGAACUCUCUUGUGGCUCGGCUACGCCAACUCCCUCAUUAAUCCCUUCAUAUAUGCUUUUUUCAACCGGGAUCUGAGGACCACCUAUAGUAAUCUCCUGCGGUGCCGCUACAGGAACAUCAAUCGUAAACUGUCUGCGGCGGGCAUGCAUGAGGCUCUGAAGCUGGUGGAGAAGCCAGACACUGAUGUGUAA